CAAGGUACGGUGUUCACCCGGCUGGUUGAACCGGCCUACACCGCCGUCCGGAACGAGUUCCGGCGGCGAGUCAGCGUCGGGAAGAAACUCACCGUGACAAGGCUAGGAGGGUUUGACACAUGCUACACGGUCCCCAUAGUUGCGCCAACCAUAACGUUCAUGUUCUCCGGCAUGAACGUGACACUCCCGCCGGACAAUACCCUCAUACACAGCACCGCCGGCAGCAUCACGUGCUUGGCCAUGGCGGCGGCGCCCGACAACGUGAAUUCGGUGCUGAACGUGAUCGCCAACAUGCAGCAACAAAACCACCGUGUGCUCUACGACGUGCCCAACUCAAGGAUCGGUGUUGCUCGUGAACUUUGCACCUAAUAUGCAUGCAUGACGAUGAAUGGUUCUAGGUCAAAAAAAUUUCAUGAUUUGUGGGAACAAUAAUAACGAUAAUAGUGUUGCAUUGAAAUUUGAAGUUACUCCUAUGUUGGUGUUUGAUCUAUAUAUGAUAUGGGUAGGGUUUUGGCAUAUCACUUUAUUGCUAAGUAUAUUUAUAGGCAUUGCAAAGUUAUAUUUGUAGCAUGAAAAAUGGUUAUGUUUGGAGCUUUGUAA